AUGUCUCACACUCAUUCGACGUUCAAGCCGCUUCUAAGCCAGCUUGUGCAAAGCAUUCCCCUACCAGAACCACCCAGCGGAAAGCUACGUGAUCCCAAGCCGUCGCUUUCGCGGGACCAGCUUGAAGCUUUGCUGCUGCAUCUAACUGACGUCAAUUUUACGCAAAAUCCUGCGCACCAUGCCGCUAUCGGAUCAGCGCUCACGGCACUGCGUAUAUCAGGCAUAGACAUGCAGCCUUCGACCCUGGCAUUCAUGCGUGAAAAGUUUCUCGAUCAGGUCCAGCAUUUCGACGUGCCUGAAGGUCUCAAGACGCCAGCAUCUGAUUAUACGGGCUGGGUCGAUAUUGUUGGAACCGGUGGCGACGGCCAAGAUACCUUUAAUGUAUCUACAACGGCCAUGUUUGUAGCUGGUGGAGUUGAUGGUGUGCAUGUGGCGAAACAUGGUGGCAAGGCGUCAUCAUCGUCGUCUGGCUCUGCCGAACUCCUUCUCAGUUUGGGCCUUCCGCUUUUCGAUGUUCCCAAUGACAAAGUUGUUGCACUUCUGCCAUCUUGCUCCUGUACAUUUUUGCUUGCUCCUAUGUUUCAUCGUGCAAUGAUGCCUCUUGCACCGAUCCGUGCAUCUCUUGGUUUCCCUACUCUGUUUAAUAUCUUAGGUCCUCUCAUGAACCCUGUGCGUCCUAAACGCGGCGUUUACGGCGUACACAGUUCUGGCCUUGGGCGAAUUUAUGCUGAAACACUUCAAAUGGCUGGUAUGGAAUUUUUCUGGGUCGUGUGUGGUGAGGAAGGACUGGAUGAAAUCAGUCCUGCUGGUCCUAGCCACGUCUGGGAGGUCCGCCAGGGUGCUGUGCACCACAGGACUGUGUCGCCACAAGAUUUUGGCAUUCCGACGCAUUCUCUGGACCAGGUUCGCUCAGGCUCUGCCUCCUCGAAUGCGGCUAUUGUCGCUUACAUGUUCACACAUUCAGACACAUUGCCGGACGUGCCCCUCACUGAACCAUUGCAUGUAUCGUGUGACGUUCCGCAUGUGAAGCUCGAGCCAAUUCCUGCAGGCACAAAUCUACGCGCUAUCUUCGAUUAUACGAUACUUCAAGCUGCUGCACUUUUGUAUGUAGCUGGUCAUGGGCAAGGCGACUUGAAGCAAUGUGCUGAAUUAGCACGCAUGUCCAUUCUAAAUGGCAAAGCUGCUGGUGCUUGGCAUCGUCUUCAUGCGCAUAUGCACAAAGCCGCUGACCCAUCUUCAUAG